CCCCGAAAUUGAAGACCUGUGGCUGGACGACUGAAAAGUUUGGUGGAGUGAGGAGUGGAGGUGGAGGCCGUAAGGACCGGACUGGAUGCAAAUUUUUCUGAAAAAAUUGCAAACGCAGGUCGAUUUGAGUCGAUUUGGGUGAAAUUAUGUGCUAAGUGUCAAUGACUCUCUCUAGCAUGGAAUCGGAAGCGCCGAAGAGUGCCCUUGAGACCGAAUUUUCGGACAUCGACGCCAAGGAAGCUUGGGGGGUCAUAUUUCAGCAUAUACGGUCGGAGUGCUUAAACCAUGAUUUCACUACAUGUGAGGCCAAGAAAAAGGACAAUGUGGGUUUAAACAGAUACCGUGAUGUCAUCCCCUAUGAUCACAGCCGCAUUGUCCUCAAUAGAGGACCCACUGAGUAUAUUAAUGCAAACCUGGUCAAGAUGGAAAAGGCAGGACGGCAGUACAUUCUCACUCAAGGCCCAUUACCGUCAACCACUGGGCAUUUUUGGCUUAUGAUAUGGGAGCAAAAGUGCAAAGCUAUUGUUAUGCUAAAUAAAAUUAUUGAAAAAAAGCAGAUUAAGUGUCACAUGUAUUGGCCUAGUGGAAAGCACCCUGGUGUCGAUGACACUUUGGAUUUGCCUGAUGUAGGCUUGAAAGUACAACACCUGUCAGAGACGGAAGCCUCUUAUUACAUAACAAGAGUUUUCAGGUUGACUGAAGUUGCAACUGGAGAGAGUAGGGAAGUUCUUCAAUUUCAUUACAUGACUUGGCCAGACUUCGGAGUACCUCAAAGCCCUACGGUCUUCUUACGUUUCCUUUCUGUUGUUCGUAAAAGUGGAGCUCUGGAUUCAGAUGUAGGCCCAGCAGUUGUUCACUGUUCAGCAGGAAUUGGUCGGUCAGGAACAUUUUGUUUAGUGGAUUCGUGCCUAGUCUUGAUGGAAGAAUAUGGGGCUGAUGCAGUUAAAGUAAGAGAUGUUCUUUUAGAAAUGCGACGAUACCGAAUGGGACUUGCACAGACUCCUGAUCAGUUGCGUUUCUCAUACCUUGCAAUAAUUAAGGGCCAUAGAGAUGGCCUAGAGGAUGAUGACCUGGAUAAUUCAGAAAAAGACAUUGAGCUAGAGGUGCUAGAUAAUCAUGCAGAUGAACCACCACCUCUGCCACCUCCACGAGGGGAAUCUUUGGCUAGGUCUAAUGCAUCCAGCAUAGAUUCUCAGCCAUCAUCUCCUGAAGCUGACUCAGUGUCAGAAGCUGACAGCGAUGAAUCAGAAUCCUCAACUGAGGCCCCCACCAGACCACUACCUACAGAACCAUUUAGUGAAAGUAUGCAGAGUGAUUCUGUAUCCUCUGAUCCUCCUAGCAGACCGCUUCCUGAAUUGCCAGAGCAUAUGAGCUCUUCUGAGGGGUCUCUGGAGGUCAAUUCAAAUCCUGAUAGUCCAGUGCUAAGUGAAAGUGAUGAUGGAUUACGAGAACGUCGGAAGUCGGAGAGAUCAGAUCGCAACGACCGAAUGAGGGAGAAAAUCCAAGGCAUGAAGCGCAAGCAGAAGCAGGCUGAUGAGUGGCAGCAGUUGAAGAGGUCUAUAUUCCAGCCAAUGAACAUUGGUCUCGCUAUUUUGGUCUUGGGGGGUGGGGCAUUGGUUUAUUCUUACUAUGCCAGUCGUUCUUAGGAUACAUAGGUAUUGGGUAGAUGUGGUGGAGCUGGUGACCUCAUCCCUGUACAGUUCUUAUGUACGUUGUCUUAUAUUAUUUCAACUCUUACCUUGACGAGUUGCACUGUCACCUAUUUUCAUUUAAAUCUUUAUUGCUUUUUCACUUGUUGAGCUCUGCAUUCCUGGACCCACACUUCAAUAUUUAGUGGAUUGCUGUGAUCUGCAUUUUUUGUGCUCUAAUCAUUCCCAUGUGUUUGCUGCUUUUCACUGACUGGUUCCCAUAUUCAUGUGUUAUACCUUUGGAAACGUAGGUAAUGCUGCAGACUUUAACCUUUAAUUUAUCUGAACCCUUCUGGUUAAGUUUGUUUCAAUCGAUUGAACUUAAUAUGCCAUCAAUUGAUCCAGAGUUGGGUAGCUUCUGCAUUGAGGCAGCUUUGAUCCCUAUGGCAGGAUAAGUACCUACUAAUACCAAAUUCAUCCCCACCCUCUCUCUUUCUCCCCUAUGGCUAAGCUGGCUACCAUAUUAUUAGCUGGCUAAUUUAGAGUGCCAUCACUGUAGUUUUGUAGUAUAGUUUUCAUUUUUUUAGCAAGUAACGUGCCGAGCGCAAGUAGCAUAUGUGGUUCCUUAUUUUCACAUAGUUUACACAUCUUGGUUAUGGAUGCAGUAGAUUUUUCAAGUAUUGUUGCAUGAAGCUAUCAAGCUCAACAGUCUUUGCUUUACUCCUUAUCCUAAGAAACUCCCCUUAACAGGAUCAUCUGUGCAGGCUUUAUUUCAUGCUGCUGGUACCCAAAAAUACUUGCAGAACUAAGUCUUAAGAAAGUGAAAAUAAUGUCCUAAAGGUGUUUUCUUUUCUUUUAUGAACAUUACACAUAAUUUUUACUUUCCUAAGUCUUGGUUGAUAUUGCAUAGUAGUGCCAUUUUCAAAUUUAAUUGAGUAAAAGGCAUCUUUUAUUAAAAAAAUAAUUUCUUAACACUGUUUUUGAAGCCUCAACUCAUAAAAAUCAUAAGUCUGAUGUAAUUGUAGGUAACUAUAGUAUUUGAUCUGUGGGGCUGGUUGUAAUUGUGCUGUGCUCCUCAUAUCCACCAGUAAUCCGUCACCAAACAUAUUCAUUAUUUUUGAUGCCGUAAAUUUAGCUCCCUUUUUAUUCAUUCACUAAUAUAAUCAAUUAACAAAUGUGUUUAUCAAACACUGAGUUGGAAGGGCAAAAAUCAUUGUAUCAAGAUUAUUUAUUGUACUGGAAUCUUAUUGAGCUCUUCUGAACAGAUGUCUGUAGUGAGAAUUCCUGUUAUUGCUUUCUUUUCUCUGACGGAAGGGUCUUAAACAUGUUGGAUUGGAAAUUCGUUUCAAGUCAUGGUUCCUAUUUCUUUGUUGUGGCUGACUGUUUGUCCACACCAUAUACUGCACCAUACACAUUUGAGUAGUUUUCUUGUUUUAUUGAUUGGUUCAAAAUUAAGUUUGUCCUCUGGUGCUAAGAAAGAGCCUGAUUAAUCUGAAACUUCUCAAGUCGAAGUCAUGCCUUUAACUGUCCAUGUUAAUAUGUAUUUCAAUUGUACUUUUUUGUCAAAAAUAUUUUGGGUCCUUUAGGUUUUAUGUAUCUUAGUAAGACACAAGUAAGCACCAUUGCAUUGCUUUUUUGCAUGUGGAAGACUGAUUCAAGCUUACUAUAACUACCUUAGUGAAAUUUUACUGACAAUCCAGAUAAAUAUACCUUACAAUGUAUUUUUUGAUGUCGUGGAAGUGCAUCCCAGUGUUAAAAAACAGCAAAAAGUCUGGAGAUUUCUUUCAGUAAUGUUUUUUUUUUUAAUGUGGAAUAUUAAGUAAGCAAGCGACUUAAUUUUUGAAAUUUACUUUUGUAGAUGUUUGGAAAUGUGUUCAUGAAGGUAUUAAGUAGAACUGAAAAUGCCAGAGAAACUUUUGCAAAGAGCAGGAGGAUCAUGGACUUGCUUCGAACAUUUUCUAAUUCUACGGAGUCUUAGCUGGUUUAACUUGUACUCUCUGAUUCCAUAAUCGGUUGCCUGGAAAUCUAAGGUUACCUAAAGAAAGUAACCCACUAUUUACAAAAUAGAAACAUGCAAUUUCUUUUCUUAUGGGAAAUUUGAGAUGGUAUCUCAGUCUCGGUCUGUGGACUCUGGUUUUCUCCACAACUGAUGAAUGCGGAUUAUUAUUUUUUUACCUUUUGGACCUAAUAAAAAAGGAAUAUUAAAAUAUUUUGUCUUUUUCAUCAAAUAUAUAACACCAAUGUGGUAUGUAGAAAGUAGUCUUAUAUUUUAUAAGUUCAUUCAGAAAUUCUUUGGGAAGAAUUUUUAUGAAAGGACCUUUCUGAAAAAAGAAAAUCAAAGUAACCAAGUACUACGUAUGUUAGUUAUACUUAAUGUGUCGAUUCACAAGUAUGCUAUCAACUUGAAACCAUUUGGUUUGAAACAUGCUAAUAUGCCCUAUGACUUUAAUGAAUAGACUGGAUGUUCUGUACUCUAUAGUUCAGAUAGGAACAAAGUUCUGUGAUUUGCUUGGCCAUUUUCCUAUUUGUCUUGAACUAAUGGUGCUACUUUGGCUGAAUUUUUCAUCAUGACUGGUUAUAGUUAGAUUCUCCCUCUUUCUUUGUAGGUAUUUUCCCAAUACCUAUCAGUACCAAUUUCUUUUCCUUGUUCUGUUGGAAGUCUGCCAUGUUAUAUUGGAUUAUCAUUAAACCACCUUAUGGGACUGGUCAAUAACAGUGUAGUGUCACGCUGCACGCCAGCAGACAACUUCUCUCUGAAGGGGCUGCUGCAUGUCAAUUACUAAGAAUAUGUGAGCGUACCUAUUUUGUUGAGAAUUACCAAUGCACCUGUCAGUUCUGAAAAUUGUUCUUUCUUUAGUCCUGUUCCUUUAAUAUUUUUCAUUGAUUGGGUUUGCAAAAACAUGAAUUGUGUUUCUCCCAAUUCCAUACUAUCGUUGAUUCCGUCUUUAAAGUUGUACAGCAAUCAUAUAGAGAAAUGUCACUUUGGGUAGUAAUUACUGUAAUUUUACAUUUGAAGGGAAUAUUGGGUGGACUUACCCCUGUGUAAUGCAAUCAAACACUCCCCUAUUGGCUUAUGAUUUAGCUUUACUGAUGGACGAACAGUUCCAAUUACUGUUCUUCUUCAGUUACUUUUUCUUUUUUGUGUUUGUAGUAGCAUGGGCAUGCCCCAUGCCAGACAAACCACACAAGUUUACCAAUAGUGCCAUUUUAUUAGUAGGAUCAGCUUUUCUAAUAACACAUUUCAAUGAAAGAGCUUUUCCAAUUAUAUUUUUUCCCUGACUUUCUGGUGUAGUUGAUGCUAAUUUUCAUCCUCAUUUAUCUGUUCCUAGUGUUGCUGUUAUAAUCUUAACAUAACUGUGUAUUUACGUUUUCUAUUUUUGUGUGUCUCAUAUUCAUCUAAGUAAUGUGAACAUGCAAGAUGCAAUAAACAUGUCUCAACAUACUUUUUUUUCCUUCAAAAAUACUGAAAUAAUAAAUUAGAAUAUAUUUUGGGCCUA